AUCCCAGCCUUGGCAAUGACCCUGGCAGCUUCCUCUCAGCGCUCCCAAAUCAUUCGCUCCAAGUUCCGAUCUGUCCUCCAGCUUCGGAUCCACAGACGGUAUCAGGACCCGAUCUCGGAUCCAGAUCCGUGGAUCUCAGCCUCAGGCACGGCUCUGGCUCCCAUCCCAGCCUUGCCCUCGGGCCCUGCCCCUUUCCUCUCCAGUUCUGGGGUCCUGCACCCUGAGCCACAACGCUGCUCUUGGAGGUCCCUAAAGAAGGAGUCUCCCAAGAUCUCCCAACACUGGAGGGAGGCCAAUCUCAAGGGGAACUUAACAUACCACCAGUACAUGCCCCUAGAGCCAAGACAAGGGUCCAGGGCAGACCUCCAGGCCAAAGCGUCGCCCGUGGGUCCCCCUGGGCCACCUCUGUGGGAAGAGACAAAAUCACAGCAGCCACCUCCUAGGAUGAAGCCCACGCUCCUCCCCGAGUCCCUCCCAGGAGUCUCCAACCCGUCGCCUCCUCCACACAAGUUGGAACUUCAGACCCUCAAACUGGAGGAGCUGACGGUCCCAGAGCUCCGGCAGCAGCUGCGCCUGCGGGGCCUCCCAGUGUCAGGGACCAAGUCGAUGCUCCUGGAGCGCAUGCGCGGAGGCGCCCCUUCCCGGGAGCGGCCGAAGCCGCGGCGCGAGGAAUGUGCGGCGGGAGCUCCCUGGCCACGCCUCAGGCCCAAGGCCCUCGUAGCCGCCCGAAGACAGGGCUCGGUGCGUCCAAGCCCAGGGUCGCCCCCGCCGCCUCUUUCUCGAGCCGCGGAAGCCCCCGUGACCGCUCCGGCUCCGGCUCCGGCCCCGGCUCCGGCUCCGGCUCCGGCCCCUUCCUCGGCACCAGCCUCAGCAGCCCCGACUCUGGAGGAGGAGCUGCAGGAAGCGAUCCGGAGGGCGCAGUUGCUUCCGAACCGGGGCAUCGAUGACAUCCUGGAGGAUCAGGUGGAGCCUGAUGACCUGCUGCCCCCCAUCCCCCUGGACUUCCCUGGCUCCUUGGACGUGCUGUCCCUCUCCCCAGACUCUGAAGGCCUCUCAUCUGUCUUCUCUUCCUCGCUCCCGUCCCCCACAAACUCCCCGUCCCCCUCUCCCAGGGGCCCCACGGACUCCUUGGACUGGCUGGAAGCUCUGAGUGGGGGUCCUCCGCUGGGCUGUGGCCCCCCAGCCCCCAGCAUCUUCUCUGCUGAUUUAUCUGACUCCAGUGGCACCCGGCUGUGGGACCUGCUGGAGGGUCCGUGGUGAUGGAUUCUGGGCUUUCCAGGGACUGAGAACUGGUAGGCAUGGGGAGGUCAGAGAGACAGACUCCCUGAGGGAGGGGCUGGAACAACCAGCAGAGUUCCCUCCCACCACAGACCCAGAAUCAGAAACAACUCUCAUCUCCACCCGGCCCCUACACUGCUGCUGAUAUGCCAACCGCCCGACUUGCCUGCCUGCCCCUCCCUAGGGUCCCCAUGGUUGUGUGGUGGGGCGGGGAGGUUUCCCUCGGUGCUGGCCAGGGCAAACAAGCUGCUUGCUGCUUCCUGCAGAGGCCUCUCGGGUGUCUUCUUCUCACCCCACCUACUACAUGGCUGCCUGUUGCUGGUGCAUCUGGAAGGUGCUCUAUGCUUUUUGGAAGCAGGAGAGGGUCAGGGAAGAGUGGGGGAGGGAGAUUCCAGAGCUAGACCCUUGGCUUCUGGUUGGAGAUGAGAAAAUCAGAAACACCAUGUCUGAGAUCAGAUUCUGAAACAAGAUUCACGUGUCCAUGAUUUACUAAAGAAAUGCUCCCAGGAGAAACCAAAAGGGAGUGGAUGGAAGAGGACAGUGAAGGGGAAGAUCAACAGGAGUGAGAUGUCAGGUGAAGUCCCAACCUCAGCCUGAUCCCAGAGGAUAAAUUAAGUUGCAGGAUCAUUCCCACCUGGAGGCAAAGGGAACUGGGCCUUUAAGGCAAAGGGGGGGGUGUCCCAGUUUGGGUUUUUUAUCACUGAAUAACAAACCACCCCAAAACUUAGUCUUAAAAUAAUAUCUAUCUUCAAUUGCUCGCAAUUUUCUGCAUUGACUGGGCUCGGUGAGCUGGUUCUUCAGUGCUGUAUGAUGUCAACUACGGCUGCAGUCAUCUUAGGAACAACAGGGCAGUAAAAUCCAAGGUGGCAUGCUCGGGGGCGGCUGGUGCCUUGGCAGGGAUGGCUGCUAGGCUGGACAAAACUGGGCUGUGGACAUCUGGACUUCUCUUGUUUUCUAUGUAGUCUCAGUGCUCUCCCUCUCCAUGUGGGCUCCCCAACAGAGGCAUAGACUCCUUACAUGGUAGCUCAGGGCUCCCCAAUGUGAGCAUUUCUAGGAGAGAAGGCAGAAGCUGCCAGUCUCUUGAAGACUAAGCUUGGGACAGGCAUAAUGUCACUCCCACCGUUUUCUUUCUUUUUUAAAAAAUAUAUCUUUAUUGAUGUCAGAGAGAG